AUGGAGGACAUCCCUGGAGAGCAGCUGGGCCAUGAGGAAGAGAAGUUUAUCCUUAGAGUGCAUGCUCUGCUGUCAUAUCUGAACUUGGCCACACUGCAGGUGGAUUUCACCAUGACAAAGUCAGCAAGGGCCCUACAUCCAGCUUCGAAGCUUUCCAGAGCUCACGGCAGCUGCACCCGCAGCUCCAUAGUCAUGUACUUGUUCCUUCUGGGCCUUUUCCUGCUGCUGCCACCACCCGUCCCUGCUCCUUGCUACACCGCCACUCGGUCAGAAUGCAAGCAGAAGCACAAGUUCGUGCCAGGUGCAUGGCUGGCUGGGGAAGGUAUAGACGUGACCACCCUCCGCCACUCCGGCUCCUUCCCAGUGAAUACACAGAAUUUCCUUAGGCCUGACGGCACCUGCACCCUCUGUAAAAACUCCCUGAAGGGAGAUGCUAUACAACGCCUGCCCCUGGCAAUUGCCCACUGGCGACCUCACGGCUCAGGCUGCCAGCGUAAAGUGGCCACAGUCAAGGUCAGCUCCACAGAGGGCGUGGCCCGGGAUGCUGCUACUAACAUCAAUAAUGACUGGCGUGUGGGGCUGGAUGUGAGCCCCAAGCCUGAGACAAACAUGCAUGUGUCCAUGGCUGGCUCCCAUUCCAAGGUAGCCAACUUUGCAGCUGAAAAGACCUCUCAGGACCAGUACAACUUUAAUACUGACACUGUGGAGUGUCACUUGUACAGUUUUCGCCUGGUACAAAGGCCCCCACUGGACCCCAAUUUCAGAAGGGCACUCAGGAAACUUCCCCCCAACUUUAAUACCUCCACAAAGGAUGCCUAUGACAGGCUCAUAUCCUCCUAUGGCACACACUUUAUUACAGCUAUGGACCUAGGUGGUCGCAUCUCAGCCCUUACAGCCCUGCGCACAUGUCAGCUGACUCUGGAUGGGCUCACGGCUGAUGAGGUGGCAGACUGCCUGAACGUGGAGGCUCAGGUCAGCAUCGGUGCCCAUGCUAGUGCCUCAAGCGAAUUCAAAGCCUGUGAGGAGAAGAAGAAACAGCACAAGAUGACCACCUCUUUCCACCAGGCCUACAGAGAGCGUCACGUCGAAGUCGUUGGAGGCCACCUUGAUUCCACUGCACAUGACCUACUCUUUGGGAACCAGGCCACACCUGAGCAGUUCUCAACCUGGGUAACCUCGCUGGCCAGCAAGCCUGGUGUGGUGGACUACAGCCUAGAAUCCCUGCACAUGCUGGUGGAAGAUGAGAACCCAAGGCGGGAAGCGCUGAGACAGGCUAUUAGCCAUUACGUGAUUAACAAGGCUCGUUGGAGGGACUGUAACCGGCCCUGUAGGGCAGGCCAGCAUAAGAGUUCUCGUGACCCAUGCCAGUGUAUAUGCCAAGAUUCGAAGGUCACCAACCAGGACUGCUGUCCACGCCAAAGGGGCUUGGCCCAGUUGCUGGUGGCAGAUUUCCGGGCAGAGAAUCUUUGGGGAGACUAUUUCACAGCUUCUGAUGCCUAUGUGAAGGUCUUCUUUGGUGGCCAGGAGUUGAGGACAGCCACAGUGUGGAAUAAUAACAACCCCAAGUGGACUGACAAGCUGGACUUUGGGAAUGUGCUCCUGGCCACGAGCGGACCCCUGAGGGUGCAGGUCUGGGAUGCUGACAAUGGCUGGGACGAUGACCUUCUUGGUUCUUGUGACAGGUCUCCCAAGUCUGGUUACCAUAGGACGACCUGUCACCUGAACCAUGGCAGUGUGACAUUCAGCUACCAUGUCAAGUGUUUGCUCCACCUAACUGGAGAGACCUGCCUCGAGUAUGCCCCUGUGAAGCUUCCAGGAGAUCCUCCAGGAAACCGCAGUGGGGCUGUGUGGUAAGAAAUAGCACGCCUUUAAUCCAAGCACUCAGAAGACAUAGACAGGUAGCUUUCUGUAAGUUAGAUGCCAGUCUGGUCUACAUAGCGAGACCUGUUUCGAAAAAACAAACAAUAAAAUGAGCACACCCUGAAAGCACUUGAGUGCUCGACUGAAUUCUCUCAGGGAAUCCACAAUGGCUUAAUAGAGACUGAGGCUUGAACUUCUCACUGAAGUGACUGAGUUUAUAUAACAGAGCUUCCCUGACCUUCCCUGUCCACACUACUUCAGCCUCCAAUGUCACCAAGCCUGACAUCUACUGCUACGCAGUACAAACACUGGCCAGGAGACCAACUUAAGGCCAGGAAGCUGUGUCCCCAAAGCUUUAAGGCCUCUUUGAGCAAGGUCAUCUGUUAGAGAGGACUCCUGUGCCCCGAUUCCUGUGUUCCUUCUGUCCCUCAUUCUGCUCCUGACAAAUGAAGGCCUGUAACAUCAAGCACAUAGCUUGAUAGAAGGUCAAUAGAUAUAAUGCAUGCUGGUGGAAUGGUGGCAGAGAAGAGGGGACAAAUAAUGCCCCAGAGAUAGAGUUCUAUGUCCGAUGACUCAGUUUCAUAAAAUAUGAAAUAAUAUAAGCAAACUUUUUUUCUACUUUUGCUGGUAAUGUGGAACUCCAAAAUACCUUAUCCUCAGUCAAGAAAUGGCAGUAUAAACUCAGUAAUAAAUGAUGAUGGGCAUUCAA